GGAAGUAUCUGAUAGUUAGUAUGACGAUAAGCGCGGAAUAAGUCGGUUUGCAUACGCUCUUAACUCUGGUAGUUUGAAUUAUUGUUAGUAAGUGGUGCCAUCGUGAUCAGAACAGUAAACAGUGACCGGGUUCGCUAGAAGGUCGCGCUUUUUUCGCGGAAACGUUCGAAAUAGAGUCAUGGCUUCGUUUUUGUUGUAUUUUGUGGGUGUUCUUACAGUAAACCUAAUAUGUGCCCAGGAAAUUCUAUUUCCAACUGAAACUGCAGAACGAAUCGGUGCCUCAACUUGCACCACAGCCAAACGGGAGCCGGGUGAGUGUAUUCGUUUGGUGGAGUGCAAACCGAUGGUUGACUUAUUGCAAAAGACUCCACUGACUGCCAAUGAUCGAUCCUACUUACAACAGAGUCAAUGUGGCUACAGGGGAGGCGAUGUACUGAUUUGUUGCCCAUUUGCAACUGCCCAAACACGCGCUCCAGUUCCAAAUUCUGGUGACGGAGCGAACCUAUUGCCCGCACCAGGAACAUGCGGAGCAGGUGCUGCUGAUAGAAUUUACGGCGGAAACGUCACCAAAAUUGAUGAGUUCCCUUGGAUGGCUUUGUUGGAAUAUUCAAAACCGAAUAAUCGGAAGGGCUUCCACUGUGGCGGGGUUCUCAUCAACCAUCGCUACGUCCUUACUGCUUCCCAUUGCGUAAAUGGUAGAGGAAUUCCCGCUGAUUGGCGUUUGACUAGUGUCCGGUUGGGUGAAUGGGAUACAACCACCGAGCGCGAUUGCGAUGUCGAUGAUUGCAAUGAUCCACCAGUAGACGUGCCAAUUGAAGAGUAUAUUCCACACGAAAAUUACCAACCAAUUCCAAAGAAUCAAUACGACGAUAUUGCGUUGCUAAGGCUUUCCCGAAGUGUACCUUACACAGAUUGGGUGAAACCCGUUUGUUUACCGGUAGCGACCCAUUUACGAAGUGCAGUUUUUGAUGACAUCAGCUUAGAUGUUGCUGGUUGGGGUAAAACAGAGAAUGCAAGUAGGAGUAACCUCAAAUUGAAAGCACGUGUUGAUGGCACCAGCUUGAGUAGCUGUAAGGCGGUUUAUAAAAGACAGGGUGUUACUCUUAGAGACACUCAGAUUUGCGCUGGAGGCGUAAAAGGUGUUGAUUCAUGCCAAGGUGAUUCAGGUGGACCUCUGGUUGGAGUAGAUUCUUCCGAUCGCGCAAAACCUUACUACUUCCUCGCUGGAAUCGUGUCAUUUGGGCCAACACCAUGUGCCCUAGAGGGUUGGCCUGGAGUCUAUACUCGAGUCGCCAGCUAUGUAGACUGGAUUCAGCGUAAUAUUCGGGCAUGAAAUGCGAAUUCAUAUAUUAUUAUCAAAGAAAACUUCACUCCGUUAUGAAAAUAGUCAUAAAUACUUACUUAUGUAUUGCAUUUUGUAUAAAUAAUAAUAAACCUUUUUAAAUAA